AUGUCGGAGGACACCAACAAAACAACACAGGCCCUGGACACUGGUUUUCUCCGAUCCAGGAGGGGACUUGUGAAAGGAGCAGAGAUGGUGACUCUAUUUGUUGCAUUCGUGUGUUUUGCUGUGGUGUCGGCUCCAAAGUACAUCACAGCCACCGUGUUGGAGCUUCUGUUGACGUCCCUCCUGCUGCUGCUGUACCUCCUGAAGCUCAACAAGAGACUCACCUUCUUCUUUUGGCCCCUCGUUGAUGUUUUCAACUCGGUCUUUGCAGCCGUUUACCUGACUGUGCUGAGCCUGGUGGCUCUGACGUCAUACAGCUUCACAGGCAUGCUGGCUGGAGGGAUCGUGAGUCUCCUGUCCGUCGGGCUGCUGUUAGUGGACAGCUACUUGCUCUUCAAGAACAUCACAUUCAACAAACCAAGAGAUGAAACGCAAAACAAAAUGCAAAACGAAAUAAAAAAUUAA